AUGUACGUGUAUAAAGUACUCGAGAGCGCAUGGGCACUUUGCACGCCGAACGGAGUUCAACCAGAAGCUGUGUACCAAAGCAGCCUGGUCAUGUGGGAGGCACAGUACAAGCUAUUCCUUUUCGGCGGCAUGAGAAGUGUCGGUACAGUGAGCAACAACCUGUACAGCUACACUGUGUCCAACGACACGAUCAACUCUGAUCAGGAAAUCGACGGCUCGUGGGCUUCAAUUUCACCAGGUGGCACCUUGCCAACAGCACGAUAUGGCCACACGGCCGUCGCCAACGAGGCCACAGCCAGCAUGCUGCUCUUCGGGGGUGUAACUGACUUCUUCGUCAGCCUCGACGACCUUUGGAGCUUCGAUUUCAAUAGUGAAUCGUGGACGCAACUGUCGCCAAGUGGAACUGCACCAUCGGCGCGCUACUACCACGCGACAGCAUGGUGGCCCGACCAGCAGAAGAUGUUCAUCUCUGGCGGCCUGGGACUGGACGCGAUCACCUUUGUCUAUCAGAACUUCGCAGACAUGUUCGUGUAUGACGCGGUCGCCAACGCCUGGUCCGAGCUGACGCCCAACGGGCGCGGGAUCGCCGUCCCUGGGCUCUACGCCCACUCCCUCGUCCUCAUGACCGACGCCGAGCAGUUCCUCGUCCUCGGCGGGUACGAAGGUUUGUCGACCACGGCAAGUGAGGAGCUCUACGGCUAUGACAUAGCGAGUGGUACGUGGUCGGAGUUGGUGAAGACGGGCGAUAUCGAGGCACGUGUUGAUUAUGUCGCCAUGUGGUACCAAGGUGCCUAUGACACUGCAGGAUAUUUGGAGUGGGAUGAUUACGAGACCAUGCUUGUCUUUGGUGGUUUGGAGACUGAGGCUAGCACAGCUACCGGUGAACAGCUGUUAUUCAGCUUUUUACCCACAUGA